AUGGCCAUCUCGGUCGAUACGCUCGUCAACCAUCUGCUGGUAUCGAAGCGAUCGCUGUCGUCGAUGACGCUGGUGCUGCGUGCCGACGAAAUCGUCACGGCGGCGCGGCAGUCGCACGAAGACACGGUCAUGCUGGCGGCCCAGACGGGGUUUCUGCGAAAUGCCAUUGCCGACCAGGUGCUGAUUCUGGGGCGAGUGGGCAAGAGCCUGCAGGCGACGUGCGAAUGGGGGAAGAAGGACUUUGUGAAGCUGGUCAGGCGGAUGGACGAAGUUGACGGCCAGCUCAAGAGCACCAUGGAUAUGCUGAGGACGACGCCGGUUGACACGACGUUGCGGCCCAAGGGGGAGGCCAGGAAGAGCCUGCUGGACUUUGUCGAUGAGGGGAGCGUCCACGGGAUGCGGAACGCCAUGAAGCAGUGUAUAGAGGAGCUGCAGGCGAUCCAGCUUUCAUUUGACGGUGACCUCCUCCGGCUCGAAACCGACAUUCGAAACAUUAAGAAAAUCAUCGACAAUGUGGCAAUGCCUGAAUCUCAAGAACCUGCAUCAAAACUGCUGCUGGACCUGUUCGAGCACUCAGCCACCAUGGCCGAAUCGUUAGCAUCCCUGACGCAGCAUUUCGACAUGUGCGUUACUGCAAUACGGACGACCGAGGGAGCGGCAGCCUUGGCCCGCAGGAAGGCCGCCGAGGUUACCCAAUCUCAAGGCGGCGAGAGUGUCUCGAUAUCGGGCGUCAUUGCCGAGCAGGAAUCCAACCGAUCCGACCUCGAACCGCAAACGGCAGAAGAUCGGGCCGAAAUGCUACGAGUGGUCAUACAUGAUGCGCAGCUGGUGGAAGGCGUCGUCCAUGAUAUCCAAGAGCAUCUUGCCGAGGUGGAGCACAAGUAUGCGGAUUUAGGAGAGCAGACAGAGCAGACUAGAAAGGCACACCUGGGUAUGCUUGACGCAUAUGCUGAGCUGGGAGAAGUCGGCGACCGCCUGGCCGACUACCUGGCCGCUGAAGAGGACUUUCGGACUCGAUGGGAGAUGGAAAAGGACGUGGUGUUUACCAAGCUUGAGGAAAUGAAGCAGAUGACAGAGUUUUACGAGGGAUAUGCGAGCGCCUAUCACGGCUUGCUGAUGGAGGUUGCGCGUCGCCGAAACGUCGAGGACAAAGUGCAAGCUACUUGGCGUAAAGCACAAGAGGCUAUCGACAAGAUGCUCGAAACUGACCGUCUCGAGCGAGAGGCUUUCCGGUCAGAAGUCGGCGAGUUUCUCCCAACAGACUUGUGGGCCGAUAUGCAAGGCUCGGUCAAGCGAUGGAAGAUUGUCCAAGUCGAUGACGAUGAACAGGCGGCAGAGGGAAGCACCGCAGAUACGAAUUGA